AGAGCUUCAAGUCUUCCUAUCAAUCAGUAAAGUGACGCUCGUUGAUCAUUUUGUUACUUAUAAGCUGGUGUAUGGUGAGGCAGCAGCAAGGCAUCUCCUUACUGACGCCUAUCAUACAGAACACAGCAACACGCGAGCUCAGCACUACAAAGCCUACGCAUUGAAUAGUGUUGGCAAGUCUUUCACCACGAUGUCUAAUGUUGGUUUUGUCCGGCGCGCUUCCAAGUUUUUUGCAGUACUGGGUGGAAUAUAUGUCGCAAUUGUCUUGUUAUUGGCGGUGCCCUUCCUCCAGUCUCAUGCUGUAUACAUGAAUGCCGUCAAGUUACCCUGGAAUGCAAACUACAAUACGCCUGAGAAGUAUGGAAUGGCUCCCGGAAAAACGUCGAACAUCGCGAUCACUACAGCGGACAAUGUUACUCUAGGCGCCUGGUUCGUUCUAUCUGACACAUAUUAUCACACACUAGCAUUCCCGCCGCCUCCUAUAUCCGACUCUCAUAUAUCCAAGGCGCUGGAUUCUUACCCCACCGUCCUAUUCUUCCACGGGAACGGCGCUACUCGAGCACUAUCUCUGCGUGUGCAUUAUUACUCUGCAUUUUCAUCUCGUUUACAUGCAAAUGUCUUAGCUAUCGACUACCGAGGCUUUGGGGAUAGUGAGGGAACUCCAAGUGAAAAAGGGCUCGCAAAUGAUGCUCGCGCUGCUUGGGACUGGCUUAUAUCUCAAGGUGCAAAACCGGAAAAUGUCUUGAUUAUUGGACAUAGUCUGGGCACCGCUGUUGCUACGAAGUUGGCCGUUGAUUUAUCAGAAUCAAAUGUGAAUUACAAAGGAGUUGUGCUAAUGUCCCCAUUUUCAUCCAUCCGAAGUCUCGUGGACACAUACUAUAUCUUGGGACUUUUCCCCGUUAUGAUGCCCCUCACAAUGAUACCACAUGUUCCUGGUAAGCCAUGGUUUAGUCUUCAUAAACAUAUCGUUUGUGUCUUUGUAGAUCUGUACAAAAAUUUCCUCAUUCACGAUUUUGACACUCUUUCUGUCGUUCAUAAAAUCAAGGCUUCUAUACUUAUACUUCAUGCCGAUAAUGAUUGGGACAUUUCGUUUACUCACUCCGAGGACCUAUUUAACUCACUGCUGGAAACUCAUCUGCUUCCAAGUGCUAUAGAUCGCCUUCCUCUGAAUCCUGCGAGCUGGUCGCAAGAGGAGUGGCACGACUACCAGGCCAAACAGAAGUUGCGACACGAUUUACGACAAGAAUUGGUUGCGCAUACCCAGAUACCGAAUUUCGGAAGUGUUGAUGAGUUCUCGGUGCUGGAGCAGAAAGUAGUGUUCUUGAAGACCUUUGCGGGUGGUCACGAUCGUGUAGCGAUGCUCGAAGGUGUUCAUGAUGUGAUACGAAACGUGUUUUCUAUUUCCACGUAAUUGGGAUGUAUAUGUGCUAGUCUUCAAUACAAUACAAUAUGCUCAUAGGAGGUU